CAGUUGCGUCACUGAUUUUUUUCCCCCGGUUUCGAGCGUUUUGUGUCCGUUUAGAGGCGCGUGGUCGAAAGCUGUUUAGUUUCAACAUUUAUCUGUUUAAUUUCACUUUGUUUGGUAAAACGUUGAGAAUAUGAGCAAAGCCCACCCACCAGAGUUGAAAAAAUUCAUGGACAAGAAGCUUUCCUUGAAGCUGAAUGGUGGUCGCCAUGUCCAGGGGAUUCUCCGUGGGUUUGACCCUUUCAUGAACUUGGUGAUGGAUGACUGCCUGGAGAUGGGUCCAGGGGGGCAGCAGAGCACCAUUGGCAUGGUGGUGAUACGAGGAAACAGCAUCAUCAUGCUAGAAGCCCUGGAGCGAGUAUGAGAAGAACCCAGUGAUGCCCUCACCUUUGUUUGAUGUGAAACAUUUUCCCAAUCCUCUGUGCAGUUCAUUCCUCUAGUAUUUGUUCUCACCAAGAGCUGAUGGAUCAUGUCUUUAGGUGCAGAUAUCAGUACUUUCAGCAAAUGUAGUUCCAAACCUGUCCCCCCCCAACUGCUUGUAAGAGGAGUUUAAUUUGGUUCUGGUGUGUGUGAUGAUACUAUAGUUAACAAUAUGAGUGUGUGAUUGACUUUUCCCUCAACACAAAGGAGAAAAUCUUGCAUUUUUGUUAAAUUGUGAAAAAUGUAAUAAACUUUUUAUA